AUGGCGAGUGAUCAUACUUUGGUUUUUGCGAUGCCAGCGUAUAUUCCCGACAAUCAGUCUUUGCCCCAACCUCGGGUGAUCAUGUCAUGCAUCGUCCGACGUCGCUAUAUUCAGUCUGAAGUAGGAGGAGGAACUGCAUUACCGCCUCGUGCCUCCGAUGGUGGCUUUUGGUACAGAGCUGAGUACCCGAGCGGACCGUUUGUGUCCCACGACAGAUCGCCAUCAUCGCAGUCGCGGGCGAUUGUGUCCUCCAUGUUGGACGACAUGCGGCUGCCCUUCCCAUUGGACCGGCUGCGAUGGCUCGACGUGAGUGCGGGGAUGCACGUGACCGAGAAGUAUCUGACUCGCGACGAGCUUGUGUCCGAGAUCGCGAGGGCCACGUCCCACGCAGUGAACGACACUUGCAGAGAGGGGCGCAAGAGGACGAAGAUGGUGGUGAGCAUUGUGCACAAGGUCACCAUCUCGGAGCACGAGAUGCGAGCCCGAUGGCGGAGGCUCCAGUGGCGGAUCUUGCAUUCGCGGAUCCUCGAAGAGGAGGAGAGAUGGCGGCGGCUACUUUCGGGGCAGCGAUCCACGCUUAAUCUAACGAGGCAAGAAGGAGCAGUCACAACCCCUGAUCGCAACACGGAGGGUGUGUUGCGGAUAAGGGUCAUGAGGGAGUCGGUGGACCAAGACAGGAUCAACUUCGGAGCCGCACAUAAGUCAAUGAUUGAAAGCUUGAACAAAGUGACGUUUGAGGGUGAUCAAGGCUCAAAUAGUUCGCAUUGUGUGAUUUGCAUGGAAGAAGUUGCGAUCGGAGGCCAACUUAUUCGCAUGGAUUGCUCUCAUAAAUUUCACACAGAUUGCAUCAAAACUUGGUUGAAGGUACACCCCACAUGCCCCCUAUGUCGGCGCCCCUUGUCCCCCUAG